CUCAAGAGGAUGGAGAGACAAAAAGAGAAGUAAAUACUUUAUCAUACCACGCAGGAGGAAGGCGAAGUUUACAGUGGAUUUCACACAGUUUUUAGCUUUUAAAAGUGCUGUGAAGUGAGUCUGUUCAGCAUGUGGAUGUUUCUAGUUUUCCUCUCCCACGUCUUCACCGUGGUGUCUAUGAAUCCUCUAACUGCUUCAGUGGGAGGAGACAUCACAUUUCAUUGUUCACAUCUUAUGGCCCAUGGGAACAUCAAAUAUUUCUGCAGAGACUCUUGUGCGGUCGAGAAUAUUCUCAUUCAAACGAAUGCAGGAGAGAACCCGACUCGCACAGGCAGAUACACGAUACAUGACAAAGGAUCAGACUUCACCGUGACCAUCGCUGACCUGCGGCUAUCAGACUCUGGCACUUUUAUCUGCGCAGUCGACAGACUUUUAAAAGACACUUACACUUAUGUGACUCUACGUGUGUUUGAGGUCUCUACACUAAGGCCUGCUCCAGCAAGUUCAUCCAGAGCACCUGCAAAACAAACAACUAGAGAUGCAACAGAGAAUAAGGGAAUAUCAAUGACAAAGCGCUCGACUACAGGCUCUUCACCAGAAACCAUGCACAUAUCAGCACUGUCUGAUCCUCUGGUUUAUGUUGGUGCUGGUCUUGGUGCUCUGGUGCUGAUUUUUACAGUCGUCCUCUUCAUAUUUAUCAAACUGAAGGAGAAGAGAUGCUCCUCCAGUUUGACAUCGUCUGCACAUCGACCUGAUUCUCUGAUUUAUACCACACCGAAUGUCAGUGCACAAUCAGACAGUCUGAACUAUUCCUCCGUGCAGUUUAUCAGAAAACCCAGAUGCAGUGUGAAGACCAGUGAGAUGUUUGAAAUGAACCCAAAUGAACGGGCAGAAACACUUUAUCCACCUGUUCAAACUCAACACCAGUCAGACAUCACUGAUCCAAACUCAAUAAUCUAUUCCAAUCUUUGUAAAGGACUGUAGAUUAGGACGAUUUGACAAGUGCACGUUUAUUUUAGAGUUUGAAUGCCUUUCUAUUGUUGCCAAUGCUACAGAUAGAGGCGUUAGAACAUUUUAUAUGUCUACAUGAAUAUUUGUUUAUACAGUGCAAGUCAGCUAAAUGUCCUUCAGAUUAUGAGUCGGUACAUACGGCAUUUCCCCAGCCUCUGUUACAAGGUAUUUAAAAGAGAGGUUUGUGAUUUCUGGAUACUAAAAUACUUUCAUAUCCAGUUACUAUGCAGAAGUAAGCCAUACAUAGACAUUCGUUUUCAUAAAUGAUCAAAAUGUGCCUUUUACAAGUUGGAGAGUUGUAAACGGACUAAAGAGUAAACCUGGAGAGUAAAUAGAUACAUUAUUGAUAAUUUCCUUGAGUUACUAUUAUCAUUUGGUACUAUUAUGGUACUAUUACUAUUAUAUGACUAUUAGCA